CUUCUACUCACGUCUCAGUCCUCUUCAACACUGAGCUAUGGGAAACAAUACAUAUCCGUUAUUACACGUCUGUGUCGUCUUGCAGUUGGUUCUCUGUGCUUCAAUCUUCAUUUCAGCACUUGAGAAUGCCACAGCGAGCUCUCACAAGCAACCAUACCAACAAUCCAAGCUCAGACUUGACCCCAUGUUGGAGACUGUUCAGAACUACAUUAGUUGGGGAUCAUCCGAAGGUGAACUGCUGCCACAAUGCUCCCAUUUUGCAAGCAUAUUUUAUGGAAACAAGUCCUGGCUUAGUCCAUUUGUUUAUCCGAGUGGAUUUGUCUCUGGUCCUGUUGAAGAAAGCUGUGAAAUCCUAGCCAGAAAUCUGACAUGGCAUUCGGGGAGUCUCAAUCCGGGCGACUACAUCUACCCUCUCUAUGCACCGGGUAACGAAAAGAAACUAUUCAGAAUUGGUUUUGUAUGGACAGCGAUUGGGCAGUCGUCAUACUUUAGAGAGGUGUUUGGUCACAAGGCCUAUAAUUACACCAUCAUGACAAGCAUGUUGGUGCAUAACGAGACUGCUAUCAUAAUAGGAAACGACUUGUUUUACCCUCCUGCUAACAACACUGUGCCAGACGACAUAACAAAAUUAAUCGCUCGGUUUUUGUCAUUUCUGGAAGGUGACUGCAAGAGAUUUCAAGACCUAUUUUGGAAUGAUCACUGCUUCGUGUCACAGAGUGGACUCAAAGAUGAAUACUGGGAUUCCGAUGGUCUCACUGCUUAUUGUGAGAGAAUGAUGUUUGAGUGGAGUGAGUACGUCUACAAAGUGCAUCACGUGACAUACACGGUAUCAAGGUAUUCACCAUACAUUGAAGACGUUGUUUUCACGUGGACAAGAACUGGGGUGUAUAGAGGAAAAGUUACAACAAAUGAAAUACUGACUGACAUGGGUAUCAUGAUGGGAGACGGACCGGUCCCAGAAAUAAAAAUCAGUGCUUUCUAUAAUUACUUCGAGCCAUAACCAAUAGGUUGAAAUUACAAGUCUGCUACUGUCUGUUGAGCACUAAGCAUAUGGUGUUUGACAAAACACUAACUAAAGCUUUUAAAACAUAAAAUGAUUGAGUUGCAAUAUGUUAAUUAGCCAUCACUUGUAAUAUAUUUAUUAGUUAAGUUACAAGAGGCAAAC